GCGUGGACACGGCGUAGACGGUGCUUGAAGUGCGUGAGCCGCAGAGCUGUGCUCAGCUGCGGGGCACGGAAAAUCCUUCCCGCGCAGCGGCAACGCUUUGUUCCUUCGCUGAUACGGAGGGAGAUGUAGCUGAAUUUUUGUUUAGUGUCGGGGGGCUGGAGGAGCCGCGAUAAACGACGAAGAUAAACGGGGAGGGGAGGAGGAGGGAAAGAGGAGGAGGAGCACUGAGGGCAGAGACUCGCAGCGAGGUUCCCGGAGCAGCCUCGUGGCGCCCCGCCGCCCUUCGCGGAGCUGGUAUGCGGUAGGGCAGGGCCAUGUAUUGGAAGAGCGACCCGAUGUUCGUGUGCAGGCUGGAGGAUAAGGACCUGCCCGCGCUCGGCGACACCUCGGAGAAGGAGAGCCCCGCGGCGGCCGACGAGGACUCCUGCUCUUCCUCCGCCGCUCUAUCGCCCUCCUCUUCGCCGCGGUCCAUGGCCUCGGGCUCCGGCUGCGCCCCAAGCAAGUGCGUGUGCAGCAGCUGCGGCCUGGAGAUCGUGGACAAGUACCUGCUGAAGGUGAACGACCUCUGCUGGCACGUUCGCUGUCUCUCGUGCAGUGUUUGCAGAACGUCCCUCGGAAGGCACACCAGCUGCUACAUCAAAGAUAAAGAUAUCUUCUGCAAACUUGAUUAUUUCAGGCGGUAUGGCACCCGCUGCUCCCGCUGUGGGAGGCACAUUCAUUCUACAGACUGGGUCCGAAGGGCUAAGGGGAAUGUGUACCACUUGGCGUGCUUUGCCUGCUUCUCCUGCAAAAGACAGCUUUCUACCGGAGAGGAGUUUGCUUUGGUUGAAGAAAAAGUCCUUUGUAGAGUACAUUAUGACUGCAUGUUGGACAAUCUGAAGAGAGAAGUUGAAAACGGUAAUGGGGUUAGUAUGGAAGGAGCACUGUUAACAGAGCAAGAUGUUAAUCAUCCAAAACCUGCGAAAAGAGCUCGGACCAGCUUCACAGCAGAUCAACUCCAGGUUAUGCAAGCACAGUUUGCUCAGGACAACAAUCCAGAUGCACAAACGCUUCAGAAACUGGCAGAAAGAACAGGCCUGAGCAGGCGCGUUAUACAGGUGUGGUUUCAGAAUUGCAGAGCACGUCAUAAGAAACAUGUUAGUCCUAAUCAUUCCUCUACUGCUCCAGUCACAGCAGCUCAGCCCUCCAGGCUGUCUCCACCCAUGUUAGAAGAAAUGGCAUAUUCAGCAUAUGUACCCCAAGAUGGGACUAUGUUAACUGCCCUGCAUAGUUAUAUGGAUGCUCAUUCACCUACAGCUCUUGGACUCCAGCCUUUGCUACCCCAUUCAAUGACACAACUGCCAAUAAGUCAUACCUAAUUUCUUUCUGUCAGGGAUAUAAGCUAUUAAGGAUGUAAGCUUAAGUCACUUACUGUGUAUGAAAGUUAUCAUUGGAAAGAUAUUAAUGUUAACUUUUUAUUUAACAUCUAAAGCAUUCUCAAGAACAUUUUUGCUGCCCAGGUAUAUGUAAGUAUACAUUUAGCCUGCAAGACACUUCUAUGGAUUCUGCAUAAUUACAUAUUACAUUGUUUACAAGCCUUAUUGAACACCUUUUUGUAUUGUCUGGAAGUAGAUCACUCUAGUUACGUAUUUGUUAAUUUAUUUGUCAUCAAAAGAGCACUUUGCCUAAAAGAAAGGACUGACAGUUGUGCAAAAUGUUUACAAUUCUUUGUGAGUUUGUAGUUUAUCAUUAGUUUGUAUUGGUAAGUUAUUGCUAAAAGUAUUACUUGUAUUUGAGUUGUAUACAGCCUAUAUGUUAAAGCUUAUUUCUGUGAAUUUGCAAAAAUAAAUUUUGGUUGCAAAUAUUUUCAAAAUGAACUAAAUAAAGUUUUUGCUGUAGCAUGCUAAGCGGAA